UCUACGCUAUAUAUAUAUAUAUACUCCACACUCACACCUCUCUCAUUCUCAAUUUACUACUCCACUUCUUGUGUGCGAGCUUCAUUCAACAAACCCUUCUCAAUUGACCUUAGCUAGCUCCACUUUUUGUGUCAAAAAAAAGAAAUCCCACCACACCACUUGAUUCUAAUUUUUCUUAGUCUUGGUGUUUUUUUAGGUCAUUAUGACCAUCUCAAUGUUUAUGUGCAGACUAACACAAUCCAUAAUAAACGUUCCUUGUAGUGGGAAAAAACUGAACAUGAGGCAAAUUGAGAAAGAGAAAAUAGUGGUUGUAAUGGGAGCCACUGGAGCAGGGAAGUCAAGGCUAUCCAUUGACCUAGCCACAUGUUUUCCAUCAGAAAUCAUAAACUCCGACAAAAUCCAAGUCUACGAAGGCCUCGACAUAGUUACAAACAAAAUCUCCAAGGAAGACCAACGCGGUGUUCCGCACCACUUACUAGGAAUAAUAAACCCCAACAUGGAUUUCAGCGCCAACGAUUUCUGUGACACGUCAUCAGAAAUUAUUGCCUCAAUCACGAGAAGCGAACGCCUUCCAAUCAUCGUUGGAGGCUCCAACUCGUAUCUCGAGGCCCUGAUCGAUGACGAUGAUUACAAGUGUCGCUCGCGGUUCGAUUUUCUGUGUCUCUGGGUUGACGUGGCAAUGCCAGAUCUGCAAUCCUACGUGGCGGAGCGUGUCGACGACAUGUUGUAUAACGGAAUGGUGGAUGAGCUGAGACCGUUUUAUAGUCCCAACGGGGAUUACUCGCGAGGGGUAAGAAGGGCAAUUGGGGUGCCAGAGUUCGACGAGUAUUUUCGGAGGGAAGAAGAGGUUGUUGACGAGGAAACGAGGACGAGGUUGUUGGAAGAAGCGGUUAAGGAAAUGAAACUGAACACGUGCAAGCUAGCCAUGAAACAGUUGGGGAAGAUUCGUAGGCUGAGGAACGUUAAGAGAUGGGAGAUUCAUCGAUUGGAUGCCACGCCCGUGUUUCGGAGGCGUGGUGAAGAAGCGAACGAGGCGUGGAAGAAGCUGGUGGCAGAGCCUAGUGCUAUGAUCGUUGCUCGCUUUCUCUAUAAUAGUAACUCCAAAAAUAAUGCUACUAACGUUGUUUCUGGUUCUGGGCUUCGAGUGAAACCAGCUACUUCAUCAGAGACUGUUCUGGCUGCGGCAACGUGCUAGCUAGUUUUUUAGGUGUCGUUUUGGUGGGGAAGGACUUGUAAUCACUGCGGAUGAAAAGUUUUAUGAAAGUAAGUUGUCUGCUACUAAUUGAUACUAGUACAAGUCAAACAUCUGGUCUCCUUCAAUUUUUAUGGGAGUGUGUGUGUAACUCUAUUUUUGACAUGUUAUAUAAUGAGUUUUUGUUAA